AUGUCCCCACCGCCUCCGCACGUUCCCCAAACGUUCUCCUCUGACUCUACGUCUUUAUCUUCUUCUUCUCCCUCUUCUCUUCCUCCUUCUUCAUCAUCUUCGUCACCUCUCAAUCGUCUCGAAUCUAUCAAGUCGCACAUCAUGGGCUCCCCGUCUCCUGCCGCGGUUUUCACCGCUGCCGCCAUUGCUGCGGCCCCCGAGGAUCCUCUCUUCGGGCUGAUGGCCGCCUAUCGCCAGGACCCCUCGCCAAACAAGAUUGAUCUGGGUAUCGGCGCGUACAGAGAUGAUAAUGCAAAGCCGUGGAUUCUCCCGGUAGUCAAGAAGGCCGAUACGGCCAUUCACAACGACCCCGCCGUCAACCACGAAUACCUCCCCAUUGCCGGCCUGGGUGCGUACACCUCGGCUGCACAGAAGCUCGUUCUGGGCGCCGAUAGCCCUGCCAUCCGUGAGAAGCGCGUGUGCACUCUGCAGAGCAUCUCCGGCACGGGAGCCGUCCACCUGGGCGGCCUCUUCCUCGCCAAGUUCCACCCGCAACGGCCCCAGCCCCAGAUCUACCUGUCCAACCCGACAUGGGCCAACCACCACCAAAUCUUCUCGAAUGUUGGCCUCAGCAUUGCCCAAUACCCUUACUUCUCGCCGCAGACCAAGGGUCUCGACCUCGACGGCAUGUUGGCCGCGCUGCGUGCUGCUCCGCGGGGCUCCAUCAUCCUGCUGCACGCCUGCGCGCACAACCCCACGGGCGUCGAUCCGACCCCGGAACAGUGGCAGCAGAUCGCGGCCGUGAUGCGUGAGCAGGGCCACUUCCCUUUCUUCGACACCGCAUACCAGGGGUUCGCCUCGGGCGACCUCGCGCGCGACGCCUGGGCGAUCCGCUACUUCGUCGAGCAAGGCUUUGAGCUGUGCAUCGCCCAGUCCUUUGCCAAGAACCUCGGCCUGUACGGCGAACGUGCCGGCGCCUUCCACUUUGUCUCUGCCCCGGGUGCGGACGCCGUCGAGUCCUCCCAGCACGUCGCCAGCCAGCUGGCCAUCCUGCAGCGCUCCGAGAUCUCCAACCCGCCGGCGUACGGCGCCCGCAUCGCCAGCCUCAUCCUCAACGACUCCCAGCUCUUCGCCGAGUGGGAGGCCGACCUGCGCACCAUGAGCGGGCGCAUCCAGGAGAUGCGCGCCGGGCUGCGUGCCAGGCUCGAGGAGCGCGGCACCCCGGGCGCCUGGAACCACAUCACCGAGCAGAUCGGCAUGUUCAGCUUCACAGGGCUGACGGAGCCGCAGGUGAAAGUUCUCCGUGACCAGUGGCACAUCUACAUGACGAAAAACGGGCGUAUCUCGAUGGCAGGCCUCAACACGCACAACCUCGACUAUUUUGCCGAAGCGGUGGAUAGUGUGGUGCGCGAGACUGCAUAG